AAGUUUGUUCCAAUUUCGGUGAUCACUUAAAACUGACAUUUUAAGUUUUAGAUUCCAUUCAACCGGGCGUGUGUUUCAAAUUUUCACGCUCUCUUUUGCUCAAUAGGCGUUUGUUAUCAUACGAAAGGUGGACUUGCUCGGUAUAAUAGGAAAAUGUUCUUCAAUAUGGACAAAUCGUGGUAGAAUUACGAUAGAAAUACCAAUUAAGAUAUGAAUAGAAUAAGUACGAUAUGUAUGGCGUGAUAUUGAAAUUUAACUUCGAUGAAAUACUUAAAGGCAGUCAAAAUCAUGGCCGUCUUGUAUGUAUUGCGAUUUUUAUAGUUGAAAUUUGGAUUUUAAAAUCAAUAUAUAGAUACCUUUGGUCGAUAUUGAGAAUUGAAUGCUGUGGGCGGAAUAAAAACAGUUCGGAUUUAUGCGAUCACAUCUACAAUUCUCUCAAGAUAUAAUGCAACGACAUUCAAGAACACGAAAGUAAAGACUACUUAUUUGCGAGUAACUUCAUUGUCUGAGGUUACAAAAAUGUCAAAAGCAAGUAACUCCGGAGUGGAGAAAAGCACAAACAGGUUGAAUGUCGAAGUACAAAGAGUGUCCUCUUUUAAGACAGUAAAACGUCCAGUUAUUAAGAAGAGAAAUGAAGAUAAAGGUUUCAAAAUAUUUUCCGGGCCUAGUAGACCAAAACAUAAUGGAUUGACUUUAGACGUUUUGCAAUCAUUGUCGCCAUUUAAAAAUGGCGUCGAUUUAGUGAUGCAAGAGUCACGUGAUAUGUUGCUGAACUGCAUAACACUACACCCAAGUGUUCACGAAGUACUUUUUCCGGAAGUGACGAAAGAUCCCCGAAUAACCGACGAAGAUUUACGGGGAUUUCCGAUUCACAGCCUGGCGGCUGCAGUCAUUUGCGAGGCCAUUUCAAAAGGAGAGGAUCCGUACAAGUUUUACUGUAUGAUCGAAAAGAAUAACUUGGAAAAUGUGCUGACUGAACUGUACACUAGUGUACAUUGGAAGAAAUAGGGGUUCUCCAUGUACUGCACUCUGUACCCGUCCGUAGUGAGAGACGCACGGACGAACAUCAGUUUGCAAGACUUCAUUGACGAUGAUGGGCCGGAGUGGGCGGAGCGUAUUAUUGAGCGCAUGACGGAGCCCUCUUGGACGAUGGGAUGGGUGCAGAAAAUAGUCCGCGGUCAUGUGACAGAGGAGGAAUACAACAUGGCGAUGAACACACUGUUCGUCAAAUUGCACAUGUUGGACCCGCAGUCUGUCAUUCCGACCUUUCAUCUGCUGAAUCACAUCCGAGCUCUCCCGGAAUGCAACCUAGAGCUGGCCACCCGGGACUACCUCGGAGGAAUGCAACCUAGAGCUGACCACCCGGGACUACCUCGGAGGAAUGCAACCUAGAGCUGGCCACUCGGGACUACCUCGGAGGAAUGCAACCUAGAGCUGGCCACUCGGGACUACCUCGGAGGAAUGCAACCUGGAGCUGGCCACUCGGGACUACCUCGGAGGAAUGCAACCUA